AUGUCUGCUAGGGCAAGUGUUCAGCGCAAGCCCAUCACGCUUGCAAAGAAGGCCGAGAUAUUGUCUGAUGUAAAAGCCGGCAAAGCCUCGAAAACUGAGAUUGCACGGAAGUAUGGAAUUGCAAAGAGCACGUUGGCAGGAAUCAUUAAGAACGAGGCACGAGUAACCGCCGCGUUCAACGAUGGCGAGUUUGCGCCGAAACGGAAGAAGAUGCGGACUGCGGCAAACAAGGAUUUAGAAGAUGUUCUCCUGGCUUGGAUCCAGCGAGCUAGAAGUGCAAAUCUGCCUGUCAACGGUGUUGUACUGAAAGCAAAGGCAGAAGAAGUUGCCCUCCGGAUGAACUUAAAAUUCUCGUGUAGUGACGGGUGGCUUGACCGUUUCCGCAAAAGGCACGGGCUGGUUUUUCGGUCGAUCGUCGGUGAGUCCGCCGCCGUUGAUGAAGCGACAUGCAACGACUGGAGGCUAACGAAGCUCAAGGAUCUUCUACGGGAAUAUAACCCCAGGGACAUCUACAACGUGGACGAGACUGCCGUUUUUUAUCAGAUGCUCCCGCAGAAGACGCUCGGCCCUUGCUGGUGA